AUGGAACCUGUGGCCCUCCAGGAUUAUAUCCGUUCCCUGGAUCCAGCCUCCCUCCCCCGAAUUGUGAAGAUAUGCUCCGGAGUAUAUUUUCAGAGUUCCAUCUAUGAAAUCUCUGGGAAUGAGUGCUGUUUAUCCACUGGAGACCUCAUAAAAAUCAUCUGGAUUAAUCUCAAGAAGGUGAUCUGUGAAAACACUGAAACAGGCCAUAUCACUGAGAUCCCUCCUGACUUUCCAGGUUACUUCAGCUCGACUAUUGACCCUCACCUCCAUGGUACCCUGGACGAGUUGUUAUCUGCUGCCACCAGAAGGUCUGAGGCACUACCUCUCUGCUUCAGCUCGAUGCAUGACAUCAAAAUCAAGGGCAGAGUAGUGCCCAGACAUCAGCCCCUCAUGCUGAUGGCUGUGGAGAUGUACCAGGGUAUCCACCAUGCCUGCUGUGUGAUGGACUCAGGAACCCACAAGUUUACCAUAUACCUACCUCUGUCUCUGCAAGGGACUUUUUACAGCUGGGGACCUGUCUUCCCACAGACAUUACUUCAGGCACUGCAGGACCCUGUUCUCCUGGACCAACCCCUCAUCUGCCCCAAACUCCACUGGCACUCUUUGGUCCUCCAACCCCAGUAUGAGGUUGAAGCCAUCAUGAACUUGCGUAGAAACAUAGUGAAGAUCCCCUCUACCCUGGAGGUGGAUGUGAAGGACAUCACUACUUCCUCAGAACAUCUUCAUCAACAUUUCAUCACGCCAUUGCUGCUAAGUGAAGUCUUGGCCCAGGGGGGCCCCUUUCCAAUGCGGGUAGAGAUCCUAGAGGUUCCCGAUGGACCCCCUAUUUUUUAUAGGUCCCUGAAGAAGGGUCAGGAGCUCACAAUCCAUGGUCCAGCCUCCCCAUCAUGGCGGAUACUCGCCUCCAGUAAGAGUCGGAAGGCCCCUCGACACUUCUUCAUCUCAGGAGCCUACCAGGGAAAACUGAGGCGUCGACCCAGAGAAUUCCACACAGCUUUUGAUCUCCUGACUGCUUUGCAGCCUGGCUUUCCCCUCCAUGUAGUGGCCACACAAGACUGGGAGGCUGAGGAGGAUGACUCUGCCUCCCCUUCCCUUUUCAGAGGUGACCGACUAGAGGUGUUGGGGAGGGAUGGGGGCCCUGAUGGGGAAGUUCUAGUCUGCAAUAGGCUUAGUGAAUUGACUGAGGUAGAGGAAGAUGAAGACGAAGAACAGAGAGAGGAAAAGGAGCAGCUUCUGUUGCCUCUCUAUUUCUCUUGUGACUUUGUGGAGGAGAAGAACGAUGGGAGACGCUACAGACUGGACAGCCUCAUAACCCAGGUCCCCCUGCCCUGUGAGGUCAAGGUCUUGAGCAAGGACCCCUCCCUCUGGGAGGACCCACUGCUCUCCUUUCCUGGCCUACAGCUGGAGGAGAAGAUCACAGAGCCCUUCCUGGUCAUCAGCCUAGCCACUGACCCCAGAAUGUGCUUUGAGAUCCCCCCCAGAUGGCUAGACUUGACUGUGGUAGUGGCCAACAAGCCACCUGGAGAGCCAGGAGAACCACUGACAGUCUCCACCGUGGAAGAACUGACAGAUGCCUUCUAUUACAAACUUCGGACCUUGCAGGCCUGCAGUGGCCAGGCCCCUCCACCCAGACCCCCCAAAGCCAAGCAGAAGUGCAGCAGCUUGGCCAAGCCUAACCAGCCCCCAAAACCAGAAAAAAGGGCUUCAGUGCAGCAGCCUGAAAGCCCCUCCAAAAACACCUCAGCCUUAUCCUUGCCACAGCCCUCUGGGAACUGCUCAGCCCUGCAUAGCACAAAGCUCAGACCUUGCAAAGUUCAGAAGCCCCUCAAGAAGACUCCAGGGCCGAGCACAUUUGCAAGUGAUUCUGACCAUGACUAUGAGAAUGCUGAUGAGGAACUCGAGCGAACCAUCAAGAAGAGGGAGGCCGGCCUUCCCGCCAGUGACCAUGACUAUGAGAGUCUUGAUGAGCAACCCAAGCGAACCUUGAAGAAGAUGGAGAAGAUCCGUCCCUACAGAGACCAUGACUAUGAGUAGCUGCCAUGACUUAUAGUUUAAGAAAACCAUUCAGGUGAUGGAAGACUCUCCUUCCCUACAAAGGCCAAGAUGACAACUCAACGGGCUUCCCUUUCUUCCCAGAUGUCCUGCUCAGAACCGGGGGAGGGUGGAGACAGCUCCGGACUCGGAGAUCCCGCUGCUUCUGUCCUCUGGCCCUCUCCAGACGCCACCACACUUCUGAGCUUCGGGUGGAGGAAUGCUCGCUCUCUGGGGUCCAGCCCAGAACCACACUGCUGUUGCUCUCUUGGCAUCCUCACGCCAUGCUACCCCCGCUACCCCCCCACAUCCCUUCCAAGUCUUGUUCUGGGAACAGUCCUUGAAUCAUCACUAUAAGCCUGGAAAAGGUGUGUUAAUCAAUGGCCCUUUGAUUUCACCCACCACGCCCCGAGGACCUCCCAGGCCAAACGCCUCUCCCUGCCCAGCACUCCCGUGGGCGUCUUGUCUUCCCUUGUGAGUGUGAGCUCUUUCCAGAAACAGGAACAACAUUGUAAAUACAAAGAACUUUGAAGAACUCUUGAGCAACGGAAUGGCCAACCACCAUGCCAAAGGACCCCCGAUGAAGUGCUGCCCACCUCCCAAGGGGGAAGGAGGUGAGCCGCUUGGACAUUGCCAGUAAAGGAUUUUGUUUUGCUUCACUGUUCAUCUUUUAUUUUGUUUUAAACCCUUAUUUUCUGUCUUAACAAUUCUUAAGGCAGAGAGGAAAGGACUAGGCAAGUGGGGUGAAGUGACUUGCUCAGGAUCACACCACUAGAAAG